CCCCUUACACCAUUCUGCAAGCCUCUCAAAUUCUCACACAAACCCUAGCUGUAACUGCAACUCAAUUCCACAGAAACCACCAAUCAUGGCUGAGGGUCUUGUUCUUCGCGGCACCAUGCGUGCUCACACCGAUGUGGUUACUGCCAUAGCCACCCCAAUUGACAACUCCGACAUGAUCGUCACUGCCUCCCGUGACAAAUCCAUUAUCCUCUGGCAUCUUACCAAGGAGGACAAGACCUACGGUGUCCCCCGCCGCCGUCUCACCGGUCACUCUCACUUCGUUCAGGAUGUAGUUCUAUCAUCUGAUGGGCAGUUUGCUCUCUCUGGUUCAUGGGAUGGUGAGCUUCGUCUCUGGGAUCUCAACGCCGGAACCUCCGCUCGCCGAUUUGUUGGUCACACCAAAGACGUUCUCUCCGUCGCUUUCUCCAUUGAUAACCGUCAGAUCGUGUCCGCUUCUCGGGACCGCACGAUUAAGCUCUGGAACACUCUUGGUGAGUGCAAGUACACUAUCCAAGAUGGUGAUGCUCAUUCUGAUUGGGUUAGCUGUGUCAGAUUCAGCCCUAGCACUCUUCAGCCAACAAUUGUCUCGGCGUCGUGGGACAGGACUGUUAAGGUUUGGAAUCUGACCAACUGUAAGCUGAGGAACACACUUGCUGGACAUUCUGGAUAUGUCAACACUGUUGCUGUUUCACCAGAUGGUUCUCUCUGUGCUUCUGGAGGGAAAGAUGGUGUUAUUUUGCUGUGGGAUUUGGCUGAGGGAAAGAGACUUUACUCUCUUGAUGCUGGUUCUAUUAUUCAUGCUUUGUGUUUCAGUCCUAACAGGUACUGGCUAUGUGCUGCUACUGAGUCUAGCAUUAAGAUCUGGGAUUUGGAGAGCAAGAGCAUUGUUGAGGAUUUGAAGGUUGACCUUAAGACUGAAGCUGAUGCAGCUAUUGGUGGUGACACCACCACCAAGAAGAAGGUUAUCUACUGUACUAGUUUGAACUGGAGUGCAGAUGGAAGCACCUUGUUUAGUGGAUAUACCGAUGGUGUUGUCCGAGUGUGGGGAAUCGGGCGUUACUAAUAAAGUUGCAGUAAUGUUAUGUUUGAAUCAGAUUUUAUCUUUGCUUUGGAUUUUUGAGACAAACUUAGUUAUUGCUUUACCGUAGAAACAAUUUUAAUUUUGAUGACAAUGGCUUUGUGGCCUGCUUUAUUUAUUUUGAAAUGUUCUCUUUGUUUCUAUCUUGCUCCAAGUAAAACAAGUAUAAUCUUUAUUUUGGAAUAUGUACGAAAGUUUAGUUGAGGCACGAUGACUGUUUGGCCAUGAAUCAUUACA